AUGGAGCCCCCCACACACCCUCCGGAGGGGGUUGAGCGCAAAGACACCCUCGGGAGAACGAAGAGCCUCGGUCAAAGCAUGCAUGACAAGCACGACAGCGAGGAGGCUUUGACUUCUGAGCUCAUCUCCGCUGGUUCGGAGCAUCUUCAACGGAAACUAGGUGGAAAGGAAAUUCAGUUGUUGGCGGUGGGUGGCGCUAUUGGAACAUCUUUGUUUGUACAGAUGGGCGCAAGUCUGCCAAAGGGUGGACCGGCAGGUCUUUUCUUAGGCUUUGUUGUCUAUGGAACCGUUAUCUGGUGUGUUAAUCAAUGCUUCGCUGAAAUGGUCACAUAUCUCCCGAUUGCCUCCCCUUUUAUCCGCCUGGGUGGAUUCUGGGUGGAUGAUGCCUGGGGCUUUGCUAUGGGCUGGAACUACUUCUUCCUCAUGGCCUUCGCCAUUCCAUAUGAAAUUACGGCAAUCAAUGUUCUUCUUACAUACUGGACUGACAAGGUCCCGGUGGUUGCGGUUGUCUUCAUUUGCUUGGUGAUAUAUGCAGGUUUAAACGGGCUUGCGGUCCGGUAUUUCGGAACUGCUGAGUUUUAUUUGGCUAUCUUCAAGGUUUUCCUCAUGCUAGGACUGAUUUGCUACACGUUCGUCACCAUGGUUGGCGGAAAUCCAGAGCACUGGGAUUAUGGAUUUACGUAUUGGAAGAAUCCUGGCGCAUUUGUUGAGUACCUCGCUCCUGGAAACACCGGACGCUUCCUAGGAUUUGUUUCCUGCAUUAUUCAAGGCUCCUUCACUAUGGUUGGUCCCGAGUUCAUCUCCAUGACAGCCGGCGAAGCAGAGAAUCCGCGUAAAUUGAUGCAUCGCGCAUUCUCCUCUUUUGUCUGGCGUCUCCUCCUUUUCUUCCUUGGCGGCGCUCUUUGUGUCGGAAUUGUUAUCCCUUACAAUGACUCCCUUUUACUGAAAUAUAUUGAUGGCACCGAGGGUGGCACUGGAGCCGCCUCUCCUUACGUCAUUUCAAUGGUCAAAUUUGGAAUCAAGGGUCUUCCCUCAUUGGUCAACGCUCUAAUCAUGACAUCCGUUCUUUCCUGUGGAAACAACGUUGUUUAUUCCUCUAUUCGCACACUUCACGGCCUAGCAGCAGACGGCAAGGCACCUGCGAUCUUUGCCAAGUGCAACAGAUUCGGUAUUCCGGUCUACUCGACCAUCGCAGCACUUGCAUUCUGCCUCCUCUCCUUGCUACAGCUUGGCAAUACAUCCGCCACCGUCCUCAACUGGCUGGUAGGAAUCUGCACUGCAUCAUACAUGAUCAACUAUUUCGCCACAGUCGUGACAUACCUUCAUUUCUACGCGGCUCUUAAACGACAGGGUAUCGACCGGAAGACUCUGCCAUAUCGGGGAUACUUCCAGCCUUAUGCAGCGUACUAUGCCGCAGUGAUGACCUUCGUUGUGGCCUUGAUCCUUGGGUACACCGUGUUUAUUAAUGGCCAUUGGGACAUCACCAAAUUCUUUACGUCUUACCUGAUGAUCGGUUUUUUCAUCGUGGCGUAUGUGUUUUGGAAGCUCAUCAAGCGGACACGCUAUGUUCGACCGGGAGAGGCGGAUCUUCAGCUCGGAGGCAUCAAGGCUCAGAUUGACCUUUAUGAGGCGUUGUAUGAGCCGCCCAAGAGAGGCAAGGUUUCGGCUUUUUUCAACAGCUGGUUCGAGUAA